AUGCAUUCCUUCAGGCUAAAGUUCUUCCAGCGGUGGGCGGACGAGAAAAUCCCCGACGUAUUCUGGUUUUCUGGGCUGUUCUUCCCCUACUCCUUCCUCACGGGCAUACGUCAGAACUAUGCCAGGAAACAUGCCAUACCCAUCGACAGGAUUGACUUCCUGUUUAAGGUAAUGGAAAAGGAGGUGGAAGAUAUCAUCCAGGAAUGUAUCAGACCCAACUUCGUGGAGUUGCCAGUGGUGAUCGAGCGGCUGCCCACGCCAAAUGUGCAGGGGCAGUACUACCCCCUCGACACUGACCUCGAAGACAACGAAUCGCUUCCUUACGAUAACGACUCCCCCCAGCUCAAGAAGGAGGGUGACCAGACGGUGAAAGUCCCAACUGAACAGCAGGAAAAGGAAGACAACGAGAAUGACUCACAGAGCCAAAGUCAUGAAUCUGAUGACGUCAUCUACCAGGUCAUCCCUCGCCAAGCACAGGGAGGCACCUACACAUGGGGCUUCUUCCUGGAAGGUGCACGCUGGGAUCGUGAACAACAUUGCUUGGCGGAGAUGUCAGCCAAGCAGCUACAUGACCAGUUACCUAUCAUCCUUUUCCAACCUGCUGCCCUCCCAGACAUGUCACACCAUGAGGGUGUGAGCUGUAAAUAUGAAGACCAGGCAGAAGAGAAAGGCAUGUACCACUGCCCUGUGUACCGCACCAGCGAGCGGAGUGGCACACUCUCCACCACAGGACAUUCCUCCAAUUAUAUCCUUGAUUUGAUCCUGCCUUCCUCCCUCCCAUGCCACCACUGGGUCAGUCGUGCAGCAGCAGCCCUUACCCAAUUAGAUGACUGAACCCCAUGUAUUUAUCAGCAAGUCAUCUUCAACUAACUGAAUGACUGAAGAUCAUUUGCAUACGUCACCCAACUGAAUGGUCUAUACUCUACUAUGAAUGAGCUGGAUGACUGAACUCCAUCUACAUGCCACCAUUUCUCAGUUGGAUAAGUGAACAUCAUCUUAAUUUGUAAUCACUCAGAAGGAUGAGAACUUCGUAACACAUUACUACCAUCCAGUUGGAAGCCAAACCAACAUCCACACCAUAUGACAACAGACUGGCUAACCUAAAGUAAACCAUAUCUUCUCCAACUAAA